AUGAAUAUCUCAUUUAAUGAUUUGAAAUUUGUGUAACAAAUAGGAUAGACACUUAAUCUUGAGGAGAGGUAUUCAAUUUAUUCAUACAAACAGAAUGAGAUUACAAUUAGCAAUACUCAAAAUACAAGAACAUUAUGUUUUUGACGAAGUCCUAUUUUGGGGUAGGGUUGAAGGAGUAGAAAAAGAUUAUUACAUAGCCCUUGGAAUUCAAUACAAAGGACAGUAUGAAUUCCCAUUGAAGAAAUUCUUUUGGAGGUACAAGCCAUCUAUUUAUUAAUAAGUUCCAAUAAUUAUCAUUUUGCUGAAUUACCAAAAUAUAAUGAAGAAUUCGCCUAAAGAGCUGAAACUCUAAGAGAGCCCUUCACAGGAUAGCAUGAACACAUAGUAUUUAGAACAGAUGAAGAAAUUAAUUUUGAAGACUCACUAGAAAUUCCUGCGUAACUGCCAGCUAAAAAUUUCUCAGAAUUGGAAAGAUUAUCCUAUGUAGUUUAAUCAAUUGAAUUUCAAUGUGCCUCAAUUCCAGUGGGCUCUUAUAGAUUAACCCCUACUCACGAAUUGAUCAAGACAGCCUUUAAGGGUGUAACUGCGGAGUUGAAAAAUUACUAACACUUCAGACAACCCAUCAGAAAGGAUAAGCAAGAUCUUAUAGGUUAGCAAUAUUGAUAUCUUUAAUAUAGCUCGAGAUGAAGCCUUAUACAGACCUGACUUCCUGGAUUCUUUAGUUGACGAUACUCCAUAUAAUUAAUGGUCAGUCUAAACAGACUCCACUAAAAGAAAUGUAAAUUGAAAUUAAAUGUUUUAGAUUACAAUUAGAAACUUAAUAUGGCCAGGAUAUUUAGGCUACAAUAAUGAUUAUACAUUUGGAUAUGCAUAUUUUGGAGAUGGAAUUAAAAAUUCAGAUUUUGAAUUCUUAUUAUGA